UUAUGGUGUGUAACUCUGUACAAGAUUAAAUGGUUGAAAUGCCCCACCGGUGCAUCUUUUGGUUUCGGUGGUAAACUUGUUUCUUUCCAUCCGGUGGCACCCACCCAAGGUGCGCAAACAUCUACAUCUGAGGUACAUGUGCACAAUUUGGUGAUUGAGCAAAGUCUGGUGAGCCGAUCAACUGAAUUUGAAGCUGCUAUUCAGAAUGGCGACAAAAGUUCGCUACGUGCUCUGUGUGAAAAAAAAUCACAAGAAUCUUUAUCUGACGAGGAGAGAGAAACCUGGGGCUUCUUAAGGGUUAUGUUUGAGGACGGGGAUUUUGCAAGGACAAAAUUGCUUGCUCAUCUUGGCUUCGAACCACCUCAGGCACCGCCUGCAAGUUCAACUGAUGAAUUGAGCCAAAUAUUGGCAGAUACACUUAAUAUUGAUCAUGCUGCAGUAACCGAUAAUGCGGAUGCCCAGUUUCUUAUUGAUAAUGGGGAUGAUUUUUUCAACAAUCCUCAACCUUUAGAGGCUAGCUUGGCUGAAGAAUUAGUUUCUACAAAUGGUCAACAUAUAGAACAGGAAGUUUCUGGAGAUGCGGUGCCAUCAGAUCCAUCAAUUGACAAAAGCAUUCAACAUGCGUUGGUGGUUGGAGACUACAAAGGGGCAGUUAACCAGUGUCUUGCUUCUAAUCGUAUGGCUGAUGCUUUGGUUAUAGCCCAUGCCGGUGGUUCUGCUCUCUGGGAAAGCACAAGAAAUCAUUAUCUCAAGAACAGUAUCUCACCCUACUUAAAGGUUGUCUCUGCUAUGGUGGACAAUGAUUUAAUGAGUUUUGUGAGUACCUGGCCACUAAGUUCAUGGAAAGAAACUCACGCCCACCUAUGGACCUACCCCCUCGCCUCACAGCAUGGCCGCUGGCUUGGUGUCGCCCCCGACCAAGGUUAUUAA